AUGUUGUCCAAGCAAGCACAAAGGGCACUGAUUGGACGGGAGGCGCAUGGCCCCAGAAUCAUCACAGCAUCUGUCAGAACCAAGCAGAAGAAGGUUAAGCUCAACAUCAUUCAGAGUUAUGCUCCAGCCAAUGAUUCCAAUGAAGAAGACAAGGAUGAGUUUUACAAUAGACUGCAGAAAAUCGUAGAGACAUUCCGAGCCAAAGACAUCGUUAUCCUUAUGGGAGACUUUAACGCCAAGAUUGGACCCGACAACACAGGAUAUGAACAAGACAUGCGGAUACACGGGCUGGGAGUGAUGAAUGAUAAUGGGGAGAGAUUUGCGGAAUUGUGUGCUCUCAACAACCUGGUCAUUGGAGGUAGCAUCUUUCCUCACAAGCAGAUCCACAAAAACACCUGGGUAUCACUGGAUAGUGUGACAGAGAACCAGAUUGACCACAUCUGCAUUAGCAAGAAGUUCACCUUUUCAUCAGAGCCUGAAACACUGGGGUUCAAGCUCCACUUGCCUGGUAGUAUUUGA